GCAAGCUAACAAAUUAUUGGAUAAAAGAGGAGAGAGAGAGACAUCAUAAGCGGAAUUUGGAGAUAGCUACGUUAACCGUUUUCGUCGCUCCUUCAGUUACUGGCUUCUUGUGUGUGGAGCAUCGUCACUUCCAUCUUUCUUUCUUUUUUUCUACCUUUUCACCUUCCUCGACCCUCCAAUAUCUCAAUUUAUCAAUCUUCAAACAACAAUCCGUAUUCCAAAUAAUUAAUUAGAUAUAUGAAUAAUAAUGGCAUUCACGAAGCAGGGGUCAAAGUCCGAACCUUUUCGUCGGGAAGGUCAAACGUGGGUCUGUACGACAGGACUACCAAGUGAUGUUACCGUUGAAGUUGGCGAAAUCUCUUUUUUCCUCCACAAGUUUCCAUUGCUUUCUAGAAGUGGCCUACUGAAGAAACUUAUUGCAGAGUCCUCUAAUGAGGAUGGAUCAAGUUGUGUUUUGCAACUUCAUGAUGUUCCUGGUGGAGCAAAAACAUUUGAGGAUAUAACCAGCUUCUGCUACGGUGUAAAAAUAGAAAUCACAUCAUUAAAUGUAGUCAGCCUAAGAUGUGCAGCUGAGUACCUGCAAAUGACUGAAGAGUAUGGUGAAGGGAAUCUCGUUGCACAGACUGAGACUUUUCUCAAUGAAAUUUUCAGCAAUUGGCCAGAUUCCAUAAAAGCCCUUGAAACAUGUGAGGAAGUGCAACCCUUUGCGGGAGACCUCCAUGUAGUUUCAAGAUGCAUUGAUUCCUUAGCUAUGAAGGCUUGCUCAGAUCCGAACUUACUCAGCUGGCCAGUGGCUGCACGUAAUUACAAGCAAAAUCAAGCAGACAACCAUGCAUUAUGGAAUGGAAUUUCUACUGAUACAAGAUCUUCUCAAAGUGACUAUUGGUGGUUUUAUGAUGUGUCUUUGUUAAGCCUACCCUUUUAUAAACGACUCAUUAUGGCAAUUGAAGCAAAAGGAAUGAAAUCUGAUGUUGUUGCUGCAUCUCUCAUAUAUUAUCUUAGAAGGUUUCUCCCCUUGAUGAAUAGGCAAUCAAGCUUCACUGAUAAAGGCCAUGCUACCAUUCCUAGUACUUCCGAAGCAGACCAAAGGGCUCUACUUGAAGAAAUUGUGGAGCUUAUUCCUAAUAAAAGAGGGGUCACAUCCUCAAAGAAUUUGCUUAGGCUGCUUCGUACAGCCAUGAUAUUGAGUGCAAGUCCAUCGUGUAGAGAAAAUUUGGAGAGAAGGGUAGGAGCUCAACUGGACCAGGCUGCACUUGUGGAUCUUCUCAUUCCAAAUAUAGGAUACUCAAUGGAGACACUAUAUGAUAUUGACUGCAUCCAGAGGAUCCUUGAUCAUUUUAUGUCUAUAUAUCAGCCUGCAUCUGUAGCAGCUUCUCCAUGUAUAACUGAACAGGGGGCAUUGAUGACUGGAGCUGAUGCAUUGACACCUAUGACAAUGGUUGCAACUUUGCUUGAUGGAUAUCUUGCUGAGGUGGCUUCAGAUACUAAUAUGAGCUUGGCUAAGUUUCAGGCACUAGCUAUUGCAGUUCCAGAUUACGCUAGGCCACUUGAUGAUGGUAUAUAUCAUGCAAUAGAUGUAUACCUUAAGAUACAUCCAUGGCUGACAGAUUCUGAACGGGAGCAACUCUGUAGAUUGAUGAACUGUCAAAAGCUCUCACUGGAAGCAAGCACUCAUGCAGCACAAAAUGAAAGACUGCCUCUACGAGUGAUUGUUCAAGUCCUGUUUUUUGAACAGCUUAGACUGCGCACAUCUAUAUCUGGGUGGUUCUUUGUUUCUGACAAUCUUGAGAACGGACCUCGCCACAGUGGGAAUAUCCUCCCUAAUGAUGAUCCUUGUCAACGGGACACUGCAGAGGGAAAUGAAAACUUGAGGGAACGUCUUUUGGAACUGGAGAAGGAAUGCUCAAGCAUCAGAAGCGAGCUCCAGAAGUUGACUAAGACAAAGAAAAGUUGGAGUAUUUUACCAAAAAGAUUUGGCUUUAGAAAAAAGUCAGAGAGUUGCAAUGACAGUAAUAUAAAGACAUCAACUUCCACUACGAAUGGAAAACCAGAUCAUGGAAAUGGUUGACAGAUUUCAAUGAACUUCAUAACAGCACAAGAGGAAUUGUGGUCGUCACAACUUUAUGUGUUGCAGAAACCCAACAUUCUGUUCCUGCUUUUUGUCUGAUCUUUAGUUGUGAGAUGGUUGUAUACAGUCAAUGUUUUAGCUCUAUUUAUUUCUUAGUAUGGUACAUACAAACGUGAGAUCCUGUCAGAUUUGAAACUCUAGGGUGAUUAUGGUGCACUUUCUGAUGGGGGCUCUUAGGGGUGUCCAUCCUUUUUUUUCCAGUGACACUGACUCUUGAUUUUCCAUAUUUUCUGUCCAUCAACGAAGUGACUAACCCUAUUCAUUCCUUAGCUAACCUGUGUAGAUUAUCUGGAGUAGUUUCUUGUUUGAAGAACCCUUGGCUCACUGUUGGCAAAUACUAGCUGUGUAUAUCCAUUUACUCCCGAAGGAUGUAUCUGACCAUGUUGUUUAAUGACCACUUGAAUGCGGCAGCAUGCAGAAGUUGCGUGUCGAUAGGUAGAUAGGUAGAUGGCAUAGACACUGUAAAUACAAAACUACAUGCACAUGCGUAUGGAGUAGGAAAAUAAUGAUAAUAUCUGUAUCUUGCAUUUAGUUAGUGACUUAACAAUUUUAGUAAAAACUGAGAAUUGCGAUAGAGGAGAUGAAUAGCAUGUUUUGUUCCCUUUUCAAACUUUUCAUAUUAUAAGAUGCGAAUGUAUUGCAUUUACUGAAAACAGACAAUGGACGCGCAUUGAGUGAUUGGGAACGGCAAUCCAAACAAGCGUGAGAAUAAAAUUUUAAUUAAUUGGUAUAUAAGCAAAAUCUAUUAUUUUAAUCAAUCGCUAUGCAAACCGAACAGUUUGGUUACCGGGAAGUAUAUUUCUACAAUUCCUCGUAUAGUAAAACAAGAUGUUGCUGACAAUAUUCUUUAGUCCAAGCACUAGUAUCCUGAACACAACAAACAUGAGAAUUAAGCACGUAUUUGAUUUUAAAAAGAUCUCUUGGUUUUGAAAAAAAUUCAGUUACGUUGUGACGCAACUAAAAUACAAUCAUGCCUCAAAUACUUGAGUAAAAAUCACCAUAUUGAUAACUUUUUUCUUCUGAAGAGAUAUGCUAGGACAUGCAAUGACAGACGUCAUAUAGCUUCUGGGAGUGUUAACAGCAGGUACUCACUCUGGAAUGGUGAAUAAGGGGAUUGAUUGAACACAGCGUCCAUGUCCUGUGAGAGGAAUCUUCCUGAAAGAAUGCGAGAUAGGGGAGUGAUAAAAACACCAGACUGCGGUUGGAUAGAUAUGAACAUUAUAGCUCAUGAGUUCUGAAUGGAAGAGACCUCUCACACCCUCUAUCAGAUAGAAUAUAUUCUAUGGUUAAGGAAUUCAGACCGAAUUUGAAAAUCAAUCACCGGUUACAAAUAAAAGACAGAUCUUGAGGCACAUACAUGUGUACACGGAGAAUAACGAAGUUUUACCCAUUGUAGUGGGACAUGAGCGUACUAGAGAAUAAGCAAAGAACUGUUAAACUGUAAAUACAGUGUUUGCCAAUGACUGUCAAACUGCAACACAGACCGUGUCUAAGCUUUUCCGAAAAGAAAUAAUCAUAUUACCGUUUGAAAUUUGGGAAAUGUUCUAUAAACUACUUUUGGGGGCAUUCAAAAACAUCAGUUAGCUUAUUGAUUAAGCAAUUAAUAAUCACAUGGCAGAUUUCGCUCAAAUGCCAAAAUAGAACAAGAGUACAAAGAAUCAUCUAUCCACGAACAGUCACAAGCGUAGAAGUUCGGGUCUGGUGAAUAUGUUAUUUUGAUUUCUAUAGAAAGAACCGUAUCCAAAGGUAUAUAUUUAUAUAACAUGUUGAAUUAAAGACUGGUUAUGUAGGGCUAUAACCUUAGUUUCCCUUACCACGUAAUCACUAUGAAAAAAAAAAAACUUAAAACUGCGACGGCUUACCAUCUUCAAUUUGAAUAUUUGGCAUUUCAAAUUAUAGAACGAAAAGACACGUAAAUUCAGAUAAAAUUGAACUCGUAAAUGUAGAUUCAUGUGUGUUCUAACAUUAUAGAAUUAAAAAGCAAGAGGCAUAAGCAAACACUGCAUAAGCUCCAAUACAUCGUUCACCCAUAGCAAGGGAUAUACAUUAUUCAACUAAGGGAACUUUAGGAAGUCAGAAUUACAUUUAGAGCUUAUCCCAUUCACAACACAUAGUAUACUGCGUAUAAACACACCUGAAAACAAAGAAAACAAAAAUACACACGAUGUUAAUGUCUAAGUCGAAUUAUUAGAAUUACAAACAUGUCAGAAAACAGCUUGAUUGCAGAAGAACAUCGAAACUCAAAAACCCUAAAAUAUGAAAAC